AUGCGUCCGUACGCUAAAGUGCGCCGGUAGUCUUAUUCUUCUUCCUCUUCUUCUUCCCGCGUUAGUCGACGUCUGAGACUUGGAGAGGUUCCUCAUGACGGGAAACGCGGGGAUCAUCAAGAAGAGGGUUCACGCAGUACGCCGUGCUCCUGACGGGAGCUCUUUCCAGAAAUGGUUGGGGUCUCCCUUUCCUUUGACCAUGCUCAUGCUCAUGCUCAUGCUCAUUAUCCCUGUGGUCCAUCUUCUUCUUGGACUCGUCUGCCUUGUUCAUCCCCGCCACCAUCCCACGAGGGCUCUCCGUCUUCGCUCUCCUCACUCUCUUUCAACCUUUCUCUGCCGCCGCCGUUGGAUGACACUGUAUCCCAGUCGACUCGGGCUCCCAUGUCAAUACGCCUUUCGUGCCUGGUUCAGUUCUCGAAGACGUGGCCUUAGCUCAUCGAGUUCUUAUUGCCUAUUUGCUUCCACCUUGCAUAUGGGUUUCGAUAUUUCUAACUCGAAGUUGGAUUGUUAACUUUUCAGUGAUCAGUGUGGUACUUCCGUUGCGAUCUCGCUCCUCGACAUGCACGUAUGUGGUGGGAAUACCAAGAAACAUAGGAACAACAGCGAAAGUUUAGCCUUCCAAGACCAGCCGAGAUCAGCUUUCUGCUUCUUCAUGUAAAUCAAUCUAUUGUCUCGCGUUUCCUGGAAUUUCUCCUUCUCAUUUGUCUUUCGAGAUAUGCAUCGGCUCUUCCUCUUCCUACUCAAUACAGGUAGAUGGCUUUCUGAAGAAUACAAGAAUGUUUGCUACCUUCUUGUCUUCUUCUGGCUCUGGUUCUUUAGACCUUUUUAAUCAGUUGUUUUGGCUUAUGCUUAGUUUAGUCUCUCCAAUCGUGUGUUCGACGAAAGGAAAACUCCCAUCGACGCUUCACUGUGGCAAUUUUUAUUUCGUCGUAGCCUCUCGAGAAAGACCGUAGUCAUUAACCAGACGGGCCCGAGGUUCUGUCAGGAAGCACAUUCGAGUUCCAAUGGAUUUUCAACGUCCGUCUGUUAAUCAUUUCGAUAUGUUCAUUGGUGGCAUCGGGUACUUGCUUUCCGUCAGAAACUCCUUUUCCUCAUCAUAGGCUGCCUUUUCUUAUGUAAUUCAUGCAGCUUGCGACAAUGUCACAUUCGUGAGAAAUAUUUAUAACUUUGUAAUGUUUUUAUUGGUGGGCCGUUUCUGUAAAUACUUUUUUCCUUGAAGUUUCAAAGGAUUCAUAUAUAGUAAUCACUGACGUAUAUCUGUCGGCUCAUUUGAUCUUAUAAACAUCGUUUUUUUUCCACCAAAUGAGGUUCCAAUUGCUGGUUAAGAUUUAUCGCCUUCAUCGUGGGUGGAAACCGUACAACUAUUCUGUGUAGUGUCAGAGAUUGUAAAAAUCUUAGGUCAACACAAUCUAUGAUCUACUGUAGCUUGGGGCGUGGAGGUAGCUUGUCUUUUCUCUUUAUUCAGAAAUCAGAGGCAUCAGCUUGUUGCAUCUGGAUUGUGAGGUGAGUUCCAACACACGAUCUAACAUCCACAGUGUCUUUGGCUUAAGCUCGAGUUGCAUCUGCACAAGCUGAGCCGCAGGUGAAAUUAGUCUUCGAGGGUAUUUCAUUAGUGAGCAAAGUGAAGACCACGAAAUGAUGAGAGAGGCUUCUAGACAGAUGCCUUCAGGAUACAAAUUUCUUUGCGACGUCUAAUUUUUUUUAAUGAAAUGGAUUAUCGCCGAACGAGACUGCCCACAAUUGUAAGUUUCUGGUUAGAAUAGCAUAAGAUGAUUCUAUUAAUAUUGCGAACCUGUAAGCGCGACCAUUUGUUAGUAUGGAAACUUUGAGACAAUGUGCUGCUAUGGAUUUGGAGCUUUCUUCUGUCCAUGUAGGGAAAGUUAUAUGAAAAACUGCAAGGCUGAGGGAUGGGUGGAGAUUGGCAGGGCAGCUUUUGAAUUUUGGGCCAAUAUGUCACCUAAGGUGGUAAUAUCAUUCUUCUACUAGGGAGAUAAUUAUUUGGUCAAGAUGAUCUUUUGGUUUUCCCCUGCUUCAUAGGAUCAUUCUUGUUUUUUCAGGAGAGGCAUCCUUUUGUGAAACAAGCUGAACAUGUUAAUUCAGCUUAUUUGAACAAAUUAUUGGAGGAAGCCGGGGCAAUUUCGCAGGUAAUUUGCUGUCACUCUGCGCUGACGUAUGCUAUGCUUUUCUGCGCAAUAGUGAUUCAUAUGUGCGACGUGGUGGCUAUUCUUUUUCCUUUCAUGUGAACUUACCAUUUCUUGGUGGAAUUGGCGCAAUACAUUAGCAUUUGGAUAAAACACCGUCUCAUAUCUCUCCUUCAGUUGGUUUCCCUUUCACUUUCAUUUAUUUCAUCAGAAGCCCAUUCAGGAAAUCGCCUACGGCAGGAAUCAUGUGGGUGUCAAAUUAGUUAUCAGUUGGAUAGAUCUUACAUUACUGUUCAUGAUCUGUUAGUUAUUGCUUUACAUUGUGCAUCCUGUUCAGGAACUGUGAGUUGUCUGCGAUUCGUGUUCUUGUAUCUUCCCUUGCAGUUCUCACGGAACUCUCAUUGUGCAAAAUUUUAAUGUGAUGUUUAGUUUUGACUUUUAUUUUCACUUCAAAAGGUCGAAGAAUUUUAGAGGCUUACUGCAAUGGCCUCAACAUGUAGUUUUCUUACCUUUCAGACGUCUCAGCUGGCUCUAGAGAUGUUUACCUUCUGCCUUAAUGUCCCUUUCCAGGUAGAUUCUCUGGCUUGGCGACUGAUUUCAUUGUCAUCAGAGUUGGGUUUCAUAAAAAUAAGAGGGCAAGACUUAUAUGUAUAUAAUCUAUCUAUUAUUUAUAUUGCCAGGCUGUGGUGUGA